AUAAUGGGCCUUUUCGUGGCCAUAAGCGCUGGCAUUUGACGGAUGGAAGUCUAACAACCUUCCCCAUCGUCAUCACGGCUCUCUCAUUCCGCCAUUGCCACCGUUACGUUCCCACACAGUAGUCCUCCUCGGGAUGAGGAAAAACUUCCGUUAGCAUUCCCACCGAUUCGUUAAUAAAUCACCACCUCCCUCAAAUCGUUAUUGUUUUGCGAACCUCCUGCCUCGCCCUUGGUUGGUAAGUUGCGCUUGCUGCUUCAUCUUCUUCAUUUUCCUUUCUUUCAGCUCGUUGCUUGAAUGAAUUAUGAGUACCUGAACGGCUCAGUUCCUGAAUUCAGUCAAACGGAGGUUUGAGUAAUGGCGGCUGAGUCCUCGUCUCCUGCCAAUCCUCCCGCCGCCGGGGGAACUCCUCAGAAUUCAGCUGCUGAAGCUGUGCAACCAGCAAAUGGAGAUAAGCAAGAUGCCGCUCCACAAAAUCCGAAGUCUGUCUUUGUGAAUUCGGAACCAAUACGAGAAGACCAAGUACAAAAUGCUAUAAAAUUUCUUUCUCACCCGAAAGUUAGGGAUUCUCCAGUUUUCCACAGAAGAAAUUUUCUUGAGAAGAAGGGGCUAACUAAGGAAGAGAUAGAUGAAGCUUUUCGGCGUGUACCAGAUCCGUCCCCAAGUGCUCAGCCAACUGCUACCAAUCAGGCAGGACAGGGAGUAACAACAUCAACCAUUCAGCCAGCAGCUGUUGCUCAAACCCCGCUGCCGAUGACAACUGUUCCUAGUGGUGGGAGUCCCUCGAUGGUCGCCUUGGCUCGGUCUCGAUUUCAUUGGUACCAUGCUGUUUUUGCUGUUGGAUUGCUCACAGCCUCUGGUGUUGGAACGGCUAUUUGGGUUAAGAAGUCCAUGAUUCCCCGGCUAAAAUCUUGGAUACGGUGGGUGGUUCUGGAAGAGAAACAUGGUGAUGGGGACAUAACAAAUAUAAAACCAUCUGUGGCUGAAGAAGCUGCAGCAGCGGCAAAAUCAGCUGCAGCUGCUGCGACUGAUGUGGCAAAAGCAAGCCAGGAAAUGAUGAUCUCAAGACGUGAAGAGAAAGUAAACAUGGAGAAGUUCAUGGAUUUGUUACAAAUGCAAGUGACUGAAAUUAGGUCAAUGGGCAAUGCCAUACAACAACUGGAAGGGAGAAGUGACAAAAUUGAAAGAACUCAUCGGGUCGAACAUGGAGGGUACAAUGGUUCAAUUGCAAACCUUAAGCCAACAUAUCCAAUGGGAAACAAACCAGAGAUUGAUUCACGCUCAGCAAGGUCUUCCUCACCACCAACUUCUGCAGAUCAAUCUGCCCCACCUUAUCUCAAUUCAUACAUGGAGAUAAUGGCAAUGGUUCGGUUCAAAGGGGAGAGAACCUCCAAACAUCAGAGAUAUGAAUGAUCAACCCCCCUAUGCUAGCCAGCAAAUUUCAAAUCCUCGCUCGGCUCCCAGGUCUAAGCCUUGGGAUGGUGGUUAUCAAGCCACAACCACCUCAAGAGGAGGAGGAUUUGGUUCUUCACUGAAUGGGGACAGAGGUUCAGAUUUCGGUGCACAGAACAACGGAGUGAGCUAUCAGGCGGACGCCCAGAACACCGUUCCUUGGUGGCAGAAGAAGAACCCGAGAAUCACUGAGCUUGACUACGUCGAAGCCAAGCCAGGGUCCAACACCGUUGCACAGACCAACGAGCAGCCACCAAUUCAGCGGACAUGGGUGCCUCCUCAGCCUCCGCCAGUCGUAAUGCCUGAAGCAGCAGAAGCCAUUCGGCGACCAAAAUCCAAGAAAGAGGCCGCAGAGCCUGUUCCCAAUCAAGAAACGAGCGGAGGAGGAUCAUCGUCAGCUGCUGCUGCUGUUGAGGUCACGGACGAGUUGCAGAGGAUAACCAAGAUAUCCGAGUCUGGAGGGGAAGUAGAGGAGACGACGGCGCACAGCGGAGGACAAGAAACGAACGGAGGAUUGAAGUUGAGCGAGAUUGAGGAAGAACCCGUACAGAGCUAUUGAAAGAGGAAACGAAUGAACUGAUGUGGAAGAAGCUGCACUGGAAAUCUAUUUGUAUACCCUGAGCUGGAGUUGUAGAACAACAGUAGGUGUCUUUUUUUAGCUCUAGGGGAACGAAUAAGAAAUAUGUUUAGGGAGCUUCUGCUCUGAGUAUGGAUUUAAAUAACUCUACUUUGAUACGUAAUUGUGGGUGUCAGUUUCAUGUUCUUUUGGUAUGAUGGAUGUUGAUACAUAUUUCCACCAAGAAGGCCAGCCAAAUGAAAAUUUGUUUAAUUUGAAAGGUGGGAAAAUGUCACUAAUA